AUGAAUGAAGUGAUCCCAGACACAAAGAAGAUGCACGAUACUUGCAUCAUGAUCGAAGAAACGCAGGAUUCCGCCGUGCUCGACGACGUCGACCUCGCCCUGAUCAAUUGCCUGCAACUCGACCCGCGAGCGUCGUGGCGCACGAUUGGUGACGCGCUCAAAGUCGAUCCGGUUACCGUCGCGCGCCGCUGGCAGCGGCUACAGGACUCCGGCACCGCCUGGGUCUCCGCGAGGGCAACCGGCCACGGCCGCCCGGAAUCGUGUCUGGCUUUCGUGGAAGUCGACUGCGACUUGACUCUUCUCGUCGAGGUCAGAGACAUGGCUUUCCUGUCGCGUUUCCUGCUUCGCUCACUCGCGUCGGUGCCCGGGAUCGUCGGUUCGCGUGCGCACCUCGUCACCGAGGUCUUUGCGAUCGGAGACGACUGGAAAUUGCAGGUACUCGAUGCCACGCAGCGGGCGGUGAUGACAGACCGGCCUGUGCGCUACAAAUAUGCUCCGACGGAUCAGCGCCAUCACGGGAAGACUUUCGACGCGGUCGACCGCCAAUUGAUAUUGAAGCUGGGCGAGGACGGUCGAUCCUCGAUUGCCGAGCUCACGGUCGGUACCGGCCUGAGCGAAAGUACGGUCAGGCGGCGACUUGCCGAACUGACGUCGCGCAACCAAAUCGUGUUCCGCUGCGACGUGUCUCUACCGCUGUCCGGCUGGCCCUCG